AUGUUUUCGCCGGACAAGCUAUUCUUCUCUGUGGCAGUCGCGAUUCUUCUCAUCGGCGAUCAGGGCUCCACGAAAGCAGCAAGGACUUCAGCUGCUCUUCGGCCCUCAUACAAAGCGCACAGCGCCAAGCGCACAGAUGCCCCCCGAUCCUUGCAAGCACUGAGCUCUGGUCAUGAGGAAACUAGAGCCAACGAAGAGAGAGUGGGUGCAUAUUUUGAGGCGCUAGUUAAAGGGAUUGCGUCGCACAUCGAUACUUUCAUUCAUAAGAAACCGGAGAGCGUUCCCUUGACGCCUGAGCAGCAAGAGGCACAGAAUAUGCUCUUACCGCUUGGCGGGCUGCCACAGGGUCACGACUUCGAUUCUUGGCUGGUGAAGGAGACCAAACGUUAUCUCGACGGACACGAUAGCUUGUUUAAAAUCUGGUUGCGUAAAAGUCUGACUCCCGAGUAUGUGGAAGCUGCUUUCAAGGAAGCGGGCAAAGCCGAUCACGACAGCGCAAAGUUCCUGGUGGGUGUCUACAAAAAAACGUUUGAUGUUUAUAGAGAGCAGGGCUGGGUAUUGAUGGCGGACGAAGUGGCGGCGCGGGCUAAAUUGUUGAAACUCAGUGGGAUGAGAAGCCAUGAAAACUUCGACAGAUGGCUGAAACAUGUUGUGAACGAAGAAGACAUCAACUUACGUGGUGGAUUGUUUGACAAGUGGCUCGACAAAGCAAAGCACCCUGACCGGAUCGCUGGUAUGUUCAAGGAAGCUGGCAAAGCUCAUGACACUGGCGUGCAGGACUUGAUAAAACGCUACAGAACAACUUUCGACCAGCAUGAACAGGCCGACAGGUUAGUGAUAUUGAAACAACAAGAGGUGCAGGAUGAACUGGUGAAACUCAGCGGAAAGACUGGUCACCACAAGUUCGAUGCAUGGCUGACAAAGGUUGUGAGCGAAGGCCUUGUUCGGCAAGAGCACUGGUUCGAAAAGUGGCUUAUAGAUGGAAAAAGUUCCGAGUGGUUUGCGCGCAAGUUCGAGGAAGCUGGCAAAGCUGAUCACCCCAAUGCAAAAAAGUUUUUGAGGUUAUUCAAAGAAUUCGAAGAAAGACGUAGGCGUCAGUUCUACAGCACUGACUUCGAAGCAAACUGA